GAGCGUACUAGAGGCCUGUGGGACGGUUGAUUGUGGAUGUUGAGUGUGCGGUGUCAGUAGAAAAUAUAGUAAUCGUGCCCUUGUGGUGUGCUGGGCUAGUCGACAAGUUACCUACUGCCUGCUCCAUAACACUCUUGCAACAAAAUGUUUAGACGAAACGAGCAACCGAUUCGAUUUCGCAGCCCCUUCGUGGCUCCCAUGGCGAAAUGCGAAGCCAUGCCAGCCAUCUCGACCCCGCCGGUCGUCCAUGCCCCGGUUCGGAUGCUAUCGGCGGCCGCCACCGCUGAUGAGGUCCCGUAUGGCUCGGGCAAGUACUACGCACUCUGUGGUCUUGGAGGUGUUCUGUCAUGUGGCAUCACCCACACUGCCGUCACCCCACUUGAUCUCGUGAAGUGCCGCAUUCAGACAGAUCCGGCGAAGUACAAGAGCAUUUUCAAUGGCUUCAGGGUCACCCUUCAAGAGGAUGGCGCCCGUGGCCUUCUCCGCGGAUGGGCUCCUACCUGCAUCGGUUACUCCCUCCAGGGUCUCGGUAAAUUCGGUUUCUAUGAGGUAUUCAAGGCCAUCUACGCCGAUAUACUCGGCGAAGAGAAAGCUUUCCUGUGGCGUACCUCAUUGUACCUCGCCGCUUCCGCGUCGGCCGAGUUCUUUGCCGACAUCGCUCUCUGUCCACUGGAGGCCUGUAAGGUCCGGAUCCAAACUCAACCAGGAUGCUCGCGCUACCUAAGCAAGGUAUUUCCGCAAAUCCUCAAAGAAGAGGGUCUCGGUGGGUUCUAUAAGGGCCUGACGCCACUCUGGGGUAGGCAGAUUCCCUACACUAUGAUGAAAUUCGCUUGCUUUGAGCGUACUGUCGAAUUGCUGUACAAACAUGUUGUGCCGAAGCCACGUGAGCAAUGCUCAAAAGGCGAACAGCUCAUUGUGACCUUUGUGGCCGGUUAUAUCGCCGGCGUGUUCUGUGCUGUCGUAUCGCAUCCAGCCGAUACGAUCGUCUCGAAGCUAAAUCAGGAGAAGGGCUCAACGGCUGUGGACGUUGCCAAAAAACUUGGCUUUGGUGGACUAUGGAAAGGACUUACUCCGCGUAUCAUCAUGAUCGGUACGUUGACAGCGCUGCAGUGGUUCAUUUACGACGCGGUUAAGGUCUGGCUCCGUCUACCUCGUCCUCCUCCGCCCACGAUGCCCGAGAGCCUCAAGAAGAAGCUCGAAGCUCAACAGAAUUAAGCGGGAUUCGUCACCUGUGAUGCACGAACGACCGGAAGGUUGGUGUAUUCUCGCGGCGCAUAGACUAAAGUUAGACACAUCAUAGAAGACGUGUGUGGUGAACGCACAUCCGGAAGGUUCGUGCUCCUUUCAUUAACAACCAAUAUGCUUGUAACGAUAAUGAAGUGAAAAAGUGACCGAUCGAAGAUCGUGUAUGGGGGCGUACCAAUAUGGAGGUACUUUUUUAGUGUAAACCAAGUUAAUUUAUUAAUUCCAAAGAAAGCUGCGGACGACGAAGCCGGUAUAAUAAUAACAACAAAUUGAAUGUAAGUAGAAAGACAGCGACGAACGAGUGAAUGGUAUGGACCCAUGAGCAAAAUACGUGGGGAUGCAGGUGCCGCGAGUAAGAUACAUCUUGCAAUUGCGUGCGCUAUUAUAUGUAAUGACAACUAAGCAAGCUUGGUGGCAAACUGCGCUUAUCCGGUCCCCGUCUCUAGAACCAAGACGAUAUCUAAAUGUUGUAAUGUUGGUGAUAAGAAGUUCCAAUCAACCGACGUUACUCAACGGCAUGUGGUAGCAGGGACCGUCGGAUUACAUCACCGUUAAUACAAAAAAGCGGUAAAAAGAAAAAAAAUUAUAAUCAGAAUACAACUGCCAAUUUGGUGGCAUUGGAAUAGUUGAGAUUAUGACUUAAGUGAAGGGGCAUACAAAUGAUGAUGGUCAUGAUCCUGAACUGCUAGGUAUAAUUUACAAAGAAGAUUGCGGGGCGAAUACAGAAUGCACUGGUGAGUCGAGUCCCUAAACGGAACGGAAUGAAGUCCCUGCAACGAGGUGCAAUGUGUAUCAACAAGUAAUGACAAGAAGACUAUUUUUGCAAGCGUGUACGGAGGAAGAACAAGGAAAACAGCAAAACACCAGAACAAUACAACCCUCAAAGGCUCGGUCUCAUCAGUGUUUUAGGCUGCAGUAGGAAGUCAUUGUAAAUGGUGAAAGUGAAAUAUUAGGUUGGAAACUACGUGUUAGUAGCGAAAUCGAAAUGAGUGAAUAAGCAAGCAGAGAUAUAGACCGGUGGAUGAUAACUUUAAUAAUUAUCAUGAAAUACUUAUUACUUAUGAAAUUGUUGGCCACUCCGUAAAUAAAUACCUUCAGAAAAUAAC